ACCUCUCGAGCUCAUAACCCUGAUUGAACCUCGCGCCCUCUGUUGACCCAAGCUCCCGCCGUGGCAUCACUGUACCUCUCAUCGUGUCUUGACCCAAGCUCCUGCCGUGCCAUCAAUGUACAUCGCAUUGUGCCCUCACCCUAGGUCGCAUUGUAGUGGCUGUAGCUCAGGUCGCACCAGAAGACCAACAGUUUUGCCUCAUACUGCAUAACCUAACCUUUCCUUAUUCUCCUCUCCGUUCUCUCUUUCCCCUGUCACCCGUCGGCGACAGAGGCACACAGAACCGGGUUGAGAAGCUGCCCUGCGUUUAGCGUGUUACGUGAAUAAUAACAUAUUAUGUUGUCGCGACAAUCGCAAUCAUGCUUGUAAGGCGAUUAAUGAAUUAAGUGAUGGUGAAGACGAGAGAUACAGCAGCGUCAAUGACGAACGUCAUAGAGGAGCAGGGAAACAUGGCUCUGUCAAAUGCCCAGGAAGAGAGAAUCUUGGUUUCCAUAAGAAUAAGGCCUUUGAACAAGAGAGAAAAGGCUAGGCAUGAUACAAGAACAACGGCCAUGUGGAACCACGACCACUCUCAAUGGAUACCUAUGCCUUUGGUGCGUAACAAAUAUCAAAAUGCUAGGCAAACAAGCAGUGGAAAGACACACACCAUGUCUGGCAUUACUGAAUAUGUUGAAAGGGACAUAUAUGAAUACAUUGAGAAGAAUUUUGUUGAUCUAGUAGGAAGUGAGUGUGCUUCUCAAGCAAUGACAGCAGGCAUAAGAUUGAGAGAAGGUAGCCACAUAAAUCACAGUUUACUGAGCCUUGAAACUCUAAUUCGGAAACUAAGGUAGAAUUCCAUCCUGUGUACUGAGUUUAAUUUUGGAUAAUUAUGGGUUUAACAUCACAAACACUAUU